AUGCCUCUCCGCAUGUCACUCACUCUCACCCAUGAUGUGCCUGCGUUCCCAAUCUGCCUCCCGUGCUCCCCGCCCAUCCCUUCUCCCCCUCCACGCCCUGCGGUGCGGUGCGGUGCAGCGAAGGAGCGAGUGGUGGGGUGGUACUCGACGGGCCCCAAGAUCCGCGAGAGCGACCUCGACAUCCAGGAGCUCUUCUAUAACUACUGCAGCGACCCCGUGUUGGUGAUCAUAGACGUGCAGCCGCGCGAGCUGGCCAUCCCCUCGCAGGCCUACUGCACCGUCGAGGACGUCAAGGAGGAUGGCACGCAGAAGAGUCAGAAGGCGUUUGUGCACAUCUCAUCGGAGAUCGGCGCGUACGAGGCUGAGGAGAUCGGCGUGGAGCACUUGCUGCGGGAUGUGAAGGACGCCACCAUCACCACACUCGCCUCUGAGGUGAGUGCGAAGCUGGUGGCGUUGAAGGGCUUGGAGUCGCGGCUGAGGCAGCUGCGGUCAUACCUGGAUCUGGUGGCUGCGGGGCGGCUGCCCCUGCGGGCGGACAUCCUGUACGGCGUGCAGGACGCAUUCAACCUCCUGCCCAACCUCAACGUUGACGACCUCGUUAAGGCUUUUGCUGUGCGCACCAACGACAUGACACUGGCGGUGUACGUGGCAUCACUGGUGCGGUCCAUCAUUGCGCUGCACAACCUCAUCAACAACAAGGUGGUGAACAAAGAGGCAGAGAAAGCAGUGGACUCAUCCGCAGCAACCCCUGUGCCCUCUGCUGCUUCGUAG